AUGUUCAAAGUACCUAAAUCCAAUAUAAAUAAAUCAAUUCUUAAAAAAGAAUUAAAAUUUCUUUAUCGAUUAAAUAAAGCUCUUUAUCAAGAUGUCGAUGAAUCUGUUCGUCUUAAUUUUAAUGUUCUUGGUCAUCAUUAUGAAAUUCCUGUAUCAAUAUUAAAUAAUUAUCCAAAUACAUUACUUGGUGAACCAAAAUUACGUGCAAAUUAUUAUGAUUAUUUAAAAGAUGAAUUUAUCUUUGAUCGUCAUCCACAAGCAUUUGAAUCAAUAAUAACAUUUUAUCUAUCUGAUGGAAAUUCAUUAUCAAAACCAGAUUGGAUGCCAACAGAAAUGUUUUAUGAAGAAUUAAAAUUUUUUCGUAUGAAAUCUUCUAUACUUACAUCAUAUUAUGAUCAAGAAAUAGCGUCAAUGAUUGACAUAAAAAUCAUACCAAAAAAUAAAUAUAAACGUUAUUUAUGGUUAGUAAUAAAUUAUUCAACACAAGAUUGGUACAGUCAAUUAAUGCGAAUCAUUGAUUUUAUACUUAAUUUAAUUGCUCUUUGGACCUUUGCAAGAGAUUGUCUUAGUGAUCAUCGAAUGUCACAAAUAAUCUAUUGGAUUGAAGAAUCUAAUGGACAAGUUUUUCGACCAAUUUAUAUGCUUUUUCAUUUACAUAUGUAUAAUGUAUGUAAUUAA